GAAUCAUACCAAAUAAUCAACCAUACCACAGACAGACAACCUUUUCCCACUCAACAAAUCUGAUUUGACAUUUAUCAAUUCCUCUGUUUACAUAUUCAUCUUUUCUCAUGUCAAGAUCACACACUCUUACCUCUCAUAUAUAUAAAACAGAACCAAAUUAUCUUUGGUAAAAGUGAAUCUCAUCAGGAACUGAGUGAUAUAAAGUUAUAUAUAUAGAGGAGAGAGGGAGUGAGAGGGAGUGAGAGAGAGAGAAUGGGGAAGGGAAGAGCACCUUGUUGUGACAAGACCAAAGUGAAGAGAGGUCCAUGGAGCCCAGAAGAAGACAUUAAACUCAUCUCUUUCAUUCAAAAGUUUGGUCAUGAGAACUGGAGAUCUCUCCCCAAACAAUCUGGGCUAUUGAGGUGUGGGAAGAGUUGUCGUCUAAGGUGGAUUAACUAUCUUAGGCCAGAUCUGAAGCGUGGCAACUUCACUUCAGAGGAGGAAGAAACAAUCAUUAAGCUUCACCACAACUAUGGGAACAAGUGGUCGAAAAUCGCUUCUCAACUUCCAGGUAGAACAGAUAACGAGAUCAAGAAUGUGUGGCACACUCAUCUAAAGAAAAGACUGGCUCAGAGCUCAGGAACUGCAGAUGAACCGGCCUCGCCUUGUUCGAGUGAUUCUGUUUCUCGUGGGAAAGAUGAUAAGUCAUCUCACGUAGAAGAUUCUUUGAACAGAGAGACUAAUCAUAGGAAUGAGUUGUCUACAUCUAUGUCUUCUGGGGGUUCCAACCAACAAGAUGAUCCAAAGAUAGACGAACUCAGGUUUGAGUAUAUAGAAGAAGCUUAUAGCGAGUUUAACGACAUUAUUAUUCAAGAGGUAGACAAACCCGAUCUGCUGGAGAUACCAUUUGAUUCAGAUCCUGACAUUUGGAGUUUCUUAGAUACUUCAAACUCAUUUCAACAAUCCACUGCAAAUGAGAACAGCUCAGGCUCAAGAGCAACAACAGAAGAAGAGUCUGAUGAGGAUGAGGUUAAGAAAUGGUUCAAGCACCUAGAAAGCGAACUCGGGUUAGAAGAAGACGAUAAUCAACAACAAUACAAAGAAGAAGAAUCAUCAUCAUCAUCACUCUUGAAGAACUACGAGCUCAUGAUACAUUGAUAAAAGAUAUUUAUUUUGGAUAUCAAUAUGACAAUAUGUAUGAUGGAAAGGUAGAGAGAUAGUAGAGAAAAUGUAUUUCCUAUAGUUUUUUAAUUGGCAUUAUUUUUAGUAGCCUGUAGAUAAAACAGAGCUGGUCAAAAGAUGCACACUAUACUAAAAGUCUAAAACUAUAUAUCUGGAAGAUUCUUUCUUUAGUCUUAGAGAAUCUUGAAGAAAAUUAUUGAAGAAUAU